AAUUUGGGGUAUGACAAUAAUAAUAAUAAUCAUUUUCCUAAUAAAAAUAAAAAAUGUACGCUACAAAAAAAAUUCAUCUCACUACCAAAAAAUCCAAAACCUAAUGAACGUUCCCUUUCUCCUUCUCAACCAUCGUCGUUCCCGCUUCGUCAUCACCGUUCCACUUUGUCAGCGUUGUCUCUAUUCUCAAUCUUCGUCGUUCUCACUCUUUCCGUCGCCGCCGUUUAAAACUGAAAAUGGUGAAUCACGAAGUAAUGAUUCUUGGUUCAAGUUCAAUGACGAAAUUGAGGGCUUGUGAAGGUAGACAAAUGAUGAUGAGUUGGACAAAGAAGACAUGGAUGAAGAAGAUGAUGAUUAUAUUGCAAGUGAAGAGGAAGACGGCGAUGAUAGUUACUUUGAUGAUAGUGGAGUGGAUGAGUGUGUUGAUUUGAGUGUUAUUUUUUCACCUAAAACAUUUUGCUUGGUUACUAAUAAUGUAGAUGCCAAAUCAUUGGAUACUCCUACAACUGCAGCUGAUUUUCAAGAUGAGCACUAUGAAGAUUCCGAUGAUUUACAUACUCAACCAGAGAGUGAAGAUGAAGAGCUUGGUAAAAACUAUCCAAUUUUUAAGAUGGGUGAUGGGAAUGCCCGUGUUAAGCUUGAAAAGGGUUUGAAGUUCAACAAUAAAAAGCAAGCAAAGGAUGCAAUUGAAGAGUAUGCAUUGGAGACUAGGAAAAAUCUGCGCCUCAAGAAAAAUGAAAAAGAAUACUUGGUUGUAAAGUGUAUGCCUGAUUGCCCUUUUCAUUUGAGGAUGAGUAAGAGGAGUGCAAAUGAUUUUUGGCAGGUUGUAAGCUUCAAUGAUGAUCAUACGUGCCGUUAGACACCUAGAAAUAGAAACAGACAAGCCAAGCCAAAUUUGCUUGCUAAAUUUUUUUUGAGUACACUCCGACAUUCUCCUGAAAUGAAAGUGAAAGCGUUGAAGAGGUUGGCUGCUGAGCAAUGGAGUGUGAAGUUGUCACAUGAUCAAGUAUAUAGAGCCAAGUUAAGGGCACUAGAAAUCAUUCAAGGAGCCGGUCGUGACCAAUUCUUAUAUCUAA